AUGACCACUACUGAGACGGAGGAAGGAUCGACAAACUCGUUGGGUCCGACAGAUAUGGGUGGAACGGCCAGCCCCUCUGCCUGCCGAGAUAUUCGCUGCGAUUUUGGCGCCAGUUGUGAAGUUGGAACUGAUGGCUAUCCCAGAUGUUCAUGCCUCUUCGAGUGUCCCCAUGAAGUGGAUUACUUUCCUGUCUGCGCUUCGGAUUUUAGAUUGUACUCCAGUCUAUGUGCAAUGCGUAAGGAAGGUUGUCAGAAACAACUCGAAUUGCGGUUACGGCCUUUGGACCUUUGCAAAGGUAUGGAGGUGCGACCUUGUGGGAAUAACAAAGCAAUGAUAGAUACUACGACUGGCCUUGAAAUUGAUUGUGGUAAUGGCCCACAUCGACAAGAUUGUCCAGCUGGUACUUAUUGCCACAUUACUCUAACAGCUGCAAGAUGUUGCCCUAAAAAUGACACGAAAUUUGAAGAAAAGAAGGUAUUUCACUGUUCGGAAAGUGUUUAUGGAUGUUGCUCGGAUGGUAGUACAACGGCAACUGGUCCUAAUGAAGAAGGUUGUCCAAUCACGAGUUCUACUUGUGGGUGCAAUAGAUUGGGCUCGGUAUCAGAUCGUUGUGAUGAGAACGGACAGUGCUCAUGUCGACCAGGUGUGGGUGGACUUAAAUGCGACAGAUGUGAACCUGGAUAUUGGGGCUUACCAAGAAUUGGAACAGGACAUACGGGAUGUAUUCCUUGUGGAUGUUCAGCAUUUGGUUCAGUACGAGAAGACUGCGAACAGAUGACAGGUCGAUGUGUUUGUAGAACUGGUGUUCAGGGCCAAAAGUGUACAGUGUGCGCAGACCAUAGAAGAAGGCUAGGUCCUAAUGGCUGUUCAGAUCCGGAGAGCGGUGGUGUAGUAAGUUCUUGUUUAGAACUUUCAUGUUAUUUUGGAGCGGUAUGUACUGAACGAACUGGAGGAGCUUUAUGCGAAUGUGCAGCAGCUCCUUGUCCUGAUAGCGAUACCAACAUGCUGGUAUGUGGCAGCGAUGGUAAAACUUACGAGUCAGAAUGUCACCUCAAAUUCCAAGCGUGCCGCACGCAAGAAGAUAUUGUGGUGCAAGCUUUUGGCCCAUGUAAGCUCAGUGAAGUAGCUGGCACAGCUGGCCCACCUAGACCAUCCUCGCCUAUACAAUUCACACAACAGGACGAUGGCGCAGCUUCUAAGUCUACACGACAUCUUCUCAAUCCCGACAAAUAUUACAAUAAAUAUGAUUGGACGAGGAAAGAGACGUCAAGCGAUUUCGACAAUGUUCUAUCCGGACAAAAGUUCAAAGGUUCGCAAACAGCAACAACAGCUACAGUCGGCGCAGUGGGAGCUUUGCUUGGAGAUUUGUGUACAGAAGAUACGGACUGUUUUGCGCUGCCUGGUGCACAUUGUACAAGAGGCGGCUGUGAAUGUCGUCCUGGAUAUAUCGCCACAGUUCAUAGGAAAGCUUGCGUUGAACAAUCAACACAAGAAACGACUGAAGAAUACAGCGCAUGCCUUUCCGAUCCAUGUUACAAUUUCGGCACCUGUAUAGAUCUGCCUGGAUCGACUUAUACAUGUGUGUGCACGAGCCUUUACACGGGGCUCAAUUGCGAAUCGCUGUCAAAGGAGACCCUAAUAGGAUCAUAUAUUGAGACGCCAUCCUUUGACGGCUCCGCGUAUAUUCGCCUUAAACCACUAAAGGCUUACCACAAGUUGAACAUCGACAUCGAGUUCAAAGCGUUUUCCGAGAAUGGCGUAUUAUUGUACAAUCAGCAGAAACCCGACGGCACCGGCGACUUUGUUUCCCUAGCUCUUGUGAAUGGAUAUUUAGAGUUUAGGUACAACCUUGGUAAUGGUGUCAUAAUUCUAACAUCUCUAGAAAAAAUAACUUUAAAUGAAUAUCACAAAGUAUCAGCUAAACGAUACCAUCGCGAUGGAAUACUCUCUGUAGAUGAUAUGGAGGAUGUAGCUGGACAAUCUAGUGGAAAUUUAAAGGCUUUAGACCUUGCUGAAGAUGCUUAUAUAGGCAAAGUACCCACAAAUUACUCCAGGGUUUUUGAUAACAUCGGCACCCGGAGCGGAUUUAUUGGUUGCGUCAAGUACUUAAGGAUAAUACGUCAUCAAGUAACAAAGAAAUUGGGGAGACCAGACUCAUUAGUUGUGGCCACGGAAAAUGUUAGGGAAUGUCAAGCUAGCCCUUGUAUGAGUAUGCCUUGCAAAAAUGGCGCCACAUGUACAGCUGUGGACGGGUCAACAACCGAAUAUAUUUGUGUCUGCCCUAUCGGAUUUCAAGGAGGCAAUUGUGACGAGAGAUUAGAUCCGUGCGAGUCGAAUCCCUGCGGAUAUGAUGAGGGGCUAUUGUGUGACAUCGGGCCUGAGGGAGGACACGUCUGCCGAUGUUUGUUUGGAGGAGAAAUCGGUUCCAAUGGAAAUACUUGUAGCAAUGAUGUAAAUGUAGUCCAAGAGACGUGGUCCCCUCAAUUUAACGGGACGAGCUACAUUGAAUUACCUCCACUUGAAGGGCUGGGUAAAGCGUUUCGCAUCGAAAUCUGGUUUUUAACGAACCGAUUCUCCGGGAUGCUCCUUUACACGGGCCAGUCUAAUAAAGCCAAAGGAGAUUUUAUAGCGAUUAACCUAGUAAAUGGGUACCUUCAGUUUAGGUACAACUUGGGGAGCGGCAUCGCCAAUAUUACGUCUUCUGUUUCUAUUACCAAAGGACGUUGGCAUAGAGCACGUAUCACGAGGAAUGGUCGCCAUGGUAGCCUCCAACUCGAUCGCCAUCCAACCCAGAGGGGCCAUUCGGCACCUCCACUGACGCAUCUAGAGUUAACGCUACCUCUUUUCAUCGGUUCCUUACCAGCCUAUAUUCGCCCCCAUAAAAUGUCUGGCGUGACCAGCAGUUUUAUAGGAGCAGUGCAACAGGUCUUCGUGAAUGGUAACCCUUUGUCAUUGUACGGCGGAGACGUUGCAAGAUGUGCUAUAGUUCAAGAUGAGGACAAGCUUCCUUGUGCCACGAGUGGGGUUACUAAGUAUGCCGGGCCGCCUUGUGGAGACGGAUUAACACCAUGCAAGAAUAAUGGAAAAUGCAUACCUCUGCUUAAUGAAUACAAGUGCAUAUGCCAAGAUGGUUUCCGGGGCAGGAAUUGCGAGACACAAAUGGCUGAAAUGCUUAAUGAUAGAACACCAAUUAAUUUUGAUGGCAAUAAUUACUACUCUUACAGGAGUAGGGGGAAUAGAAGGAACCGAAACGCCCGUGGUGUAAGAUACGAAAUAAAAUUUCGCACAUACAACGACUCGGGUCUACUGAUGUGGAGACGGAAGAUAGGUAUCCGGCCCCGCGACUUCAUCGGCCUAGGCAUAAGCGAGGGGAAGCUUCAACUCAUAUACACUGACACAAAUAUGAAAGAAUUGAACAACACCAGAGAAGAUUGGUUUCAGAGUGUAGAAUCCAAGUUUAGAAUAGAUGAUGGCAUGUGGCAUAUUGCUACAGUGAGGAGAAGGAAGCGGCUGGCAAUGUUGCAGGUCGAUGACACUCCACCAGUAAGAGGUUACUCACAGUCAUUGUUGGUACCCUCGAAGUCAAACCCCAAGCUUUGGAUAGGAGGCUCACCGACUCUACCGUUGGGGUUGCCAGCCGCCCUUUACACGGGUCUCCGCGGUUGUGUUGCCAGUGUGAAAGCAAGCGGUCGCCACAUCGAUCUGAGUGCACCUAUAAGACCCGCUACCACGAUACGACAGUGUGAUUAA